AUGGCUCCUUCGCCUUCCACCGAUCUCCAGGUGCUCUGCAGAAAACUCGCGUCCAUGCCACAGGACCAACUUCCACAUGCCCUCCCACUGCUCACAAGACACGUCGUUCGCUGCAGAGACACGCUGGCUUCUCCACAGGAGCAGAAAUCCAAGGGUGACGGCUCUCAAGGCGCGCUGCUUGUUCACAAGGUCAGGACCAGCGUCACCACCCUCCUCAAAGGACGGGACCGCGGCGCACGGUUUGCUGCCAUUGGCCUCGUCAAGGCCAUCGUUGAUGUAGGGGGGUGGGAAAUGCUCCGAGUUUCGGAACCCUGGGUUUCAGGGCUGCUGUCCAUUGUUCAGAGAGGCGACUCGUUUCCAACAAAGGAGUUGGCUGUCGUGACGCUAGCACGCAUCUACGUAUUGGUUCAGCCAUAUCAAACACUGGUUCGGGAGAUUGCAACUCGCACUAUUCCGACCUUCAUCACGGCAUGUCUGCAGCUCAUCAAGCCCCAAAGUACGGCCCAAGUUGCAUCUGCUCCUCUAGGCAUCGUUGAGACGAUCUGCGACGCCUUCUCAACCCUCAUUCCUAUAUACGCCACCACUUUCCGCCCAUUCAGCUCCCAAAUACGCUCGGCCGUCAGAGUUUACUUGGCGCCGACGCUUUCAGAUGGCUUACUUGUCCCCCAGUCUCUGCAGCGAGCUUCUCGAAAAGUCGUCAUCUCACUUCACUGCGUGGCAGCCAAAUCAGGUGGGGGCGAAGAAUGGGCUAAACUUGUUGAUAGCCUGCUUCGGGAGUUACAUGCUACCGCCGAUCGAGUUCUGCGGGCCGUCGAUGAAUCUUGGGAGGGCACCGCAGGAUAUAGCCGAAAACGGGUUGACCUUGACGGCGGACCAAGCGGAGGUGACAGUUCAGGCGAUCAGCUGCCCCCAUGGUCUGGGCUGAGCUCAGGGGCAGAGCGACUCUCGGGCACCUUUGCGUAUCUGUCCGAUUGUCUUCGAUAUCCCACAAAGACCCCCGUCGUUGUCCCUGUCGGUGCUCUUCUCGAUGCCGUUUCAAGAGUCUGUCUCAUCGCAAGGCUGUCGCCGAAAAGUCAAAGUUGGGACCAAGCCGUGGACGCAAACGCAGCCAUUGGUCGAGAAGAGAAGGAAGAGCUCUGGAGCGUCAUUCCGGAUAUCCACAUAUCAGCCCUAGGGCUGAUAUCCGUCAUGUUGCAAAGGUUCCAUCAAGGAAUGGUUCCUCUUGUUCCCGAAGUGCUAGACCACCUAGUCCGAGUCUUCAAGUCCGGAGUAUCGAACCCAGCCGUACGAACGGCUGGCUAUGGGCUCUUGAAUGGCGUCUUGUCUCUUACGGGACCGACAAUGUCGAAAGCAACAGUGGGCGUUCUGGAGCCUCUUAUCGCCGCCUGCUGUCGCGACUUGCAGGAGGAUGCAGGAAUCCUCAGGGCCAUCCCCAAGGCGGACACGACUUCAAAUAAGGACUGCAAGAAGACCGGCGUCGCCAAUGCGGAUCUGUUCCUGCAACCACAAGCCUCCGCCACCGACGAGAUGCUGGUACAGCUGGAUGCUGCCCACAAGAGUGCCGCUGACGAACUGCUGGCCGUUCUCUUGUCAAGCCUGCCCCAGCACCAUCUGAAGCCCUCGCUCCGCGGCCUUGCCGACAAGACGGCCAUCCUCACCCAAAACCGCGACGCCAUGCUAUCGAGCGUUCUCAACCCGCACAAGGACCAGCGCGGCCGCAUGUACCCCAGCAUCUUGCCCCAUCUAUCACACCUGUACCCACAGGAUCAAGGCCUCGAGAUUCUGCGCAGCAACCUCCGCACAUCAGCCGCUCCAGGCAGCUUUGACCUUGUGGCAUUAGUCACCGAGGUCCAGCAAGAAGAAGAGCAAGACGAGGACGACGAAGCAGCGGGCGACGGCGAGCCAACCAGCGAGGAGGCACGCGUGGCAGGCUCUCUCCGGGACAUUCUCCGGUCCACUCUGCCCACGGUCGAGCUCUCUAUGCAGGAGAACCCCUUCGAAGCCGGGGCCACAGAAUUCGACGCAUCGAGUGUACCAACUGAAGCAAGUCACGACUCGCCUGCCAAGCGCAAACUCCAAGAUGCAGCCGCCGGGCCGUCGAAACGGCAGGAUCUGCACAAACCUACCCCUGCAAAAGCGCCAGAGCCAGGUCCCGCCGGAGACCACAGCGACGACAGCGACAGCGACAGCGACAGCGAUGUUAGCGUCCACUUGAACAUGGAGCUAGACGGAGAUGAAGAGGACGAAGAAGAUGACUAG